GAGAAACAUUAUAAAUAUACUAUUCUACAGGUGGAGAAAGAGGUCCUCCAUCAGACAACAUGCCUUCCUUGCCAAUGUUGCUACUGUUGCUAUUCCUGAUUCAACCCCGCCCAGUGAAGCCACAGGGCUACGGUAGGAACAUAUUCAUAUUAGCGGGUCAAAGCAACAUGGCGGGUCGGGGCGGCGUAAUCAACGACACGGCCACCGGGGUGACAACAUGGGACGGCGUCGUUCCACCCCAGUGCCGUUCCAACCCCUCCAUUUUGAAGCUCGACGCGCACCUGGUGUGGGUGGAAGCGCGUGAGCCGCUCCACGCGGACAUCGAUUAUAAGAAGACCAACGGAGUGGGUCCAGGAAUGGCAUUCGCAAACUCGGUGUUGGGAAAACACCCAGAAUUUGGUGUAAUCGGUUUGGUCCCUUGCGCGAUCGGAGGCACCACCAUAAGCGAGUGGGAACGUGGAAAAGAGCUUUACAGUGAGACGAUAAAGCGUUCGAAGGCAUCGAUGCGUGACGGUGGCACCAUUCGUGGCUUGCUUUGGUACCAAGGGGAAACCGAUACGGUGAACCUACACGAUGCACAGUUGUACCAACGACGACUCCACAAGUUCUUCUUGGAUGUUCGUGAUGAUCUGCAGUCUCCAUUGCUUCCUAUUAUCCAGGUAGCAUUGGCAUCUGGAUCAGGCCCUUACAUAGAGAUAGUGAGACAAGCCCAACUGGGCACUGACCUCCUCAACCUGAGGACUGUGGACGCACAUGGUUUGCCUCUUCAGCCCGAUGGGCUACACCUCUCCACUCCGGCCCAGGCUCAUCUUGGACAAAUGAUGGCUGAUGCGUUCCUUCAGUUCGUACCCUCUUCAAACUUAAAUUACAAUCUCAGCCCAAUUCGUAACGAGGCCAUAAGGCUUUACAACUGUACCUUUUGUGUUUACAAGCUUCCCUUGUUCAUGACACUUCUCUCAAUUUUGCACAAAUCUGUCCUAUAGCAGCAUUCUUUUGCGAUUACCAUUUUCACCCAUAAUAGUUAUAACACAAUCAUGUAAUUAGACAUCAACUCCGCAAGAAAAUUGGAGCAGUGUACGAAUCAUUUAAAUUCAAAUUAAAGUAUGAGUUCUUAGUUUACUCGCCG